CCUAAAGAAAAAAAUGGGGAGAGUGAAAAUACAGAUGAGAAAAAUAGUGGAUAGACAACAAAGAAAUAUUGCAUUUGCCAAAAGAAAAAGCGGGCUUCUGAAAAAAGCUUAUGAACUCUUUAUUCUCUGUGAUGUUCAAAUGGUUCUCAUUUUUUUCUCACCUUCUGGUAAACUUUUCAUGUUUGAUACGAAAACAAGGAUGGAAGAGACUAUAAAGAAGUAUGUGGAUGUGCCUAUACGUCCAAGACUCCAAGUCCAAGAGGAAGCGUUUAUACGACGGUGGAUAGAUAUCAUGCGUAUAGAAUCACAAUAUCCUGAAUCGAUCGUGAGGCCCAGAGAAAAUUUUGGCGAUGGGAUUCUUUCUCAAGCUCGAUCAAAGGAGAUCGAAGACGAAAUCUUCAAAUGCAAAGCCGAAAUGGCGAAAGUGGAACAACAGUUAGGGUACUUUUUAAAACAUCCAAAUCAGUGGGCAACAAGAGAUGACAUUGAGUAUCAAGAGAAAAUACUCGAGGAGACGUUGGAUAAAGUUCGAUCUCGGAAGAAAUGCUUGGAAGCUCAAAAUGAAGCCUUUGAUGCUUCUAAUUGCCUGCUUCAAACUGAUGUGGAGAUUUCGCCAAGUGGAUAAAUUUUAUUUUAUUCAUACCAUAAUGUCGAAUAAUGUUGAGAUCG